CCUAAUCUCCCUUCCUCUUUCCCUUCCAUCUUCAAACCACAUCGGUAAGUACAUUUUUGCCUAUGUUAAUGGUUUAUGUCUGCUUGGUCAAGUUGUCGUUGUGUCUCUUGUCCUAUCCACCGCCCCUCCCCUCAACUCCCUGACCAGGCUGGCUCUGGUCUUUGUGUCUGGUUAUUUCGCCUCCCUCUAAUUCCACUCCCCCUGAUUUGUCUUGCCCGCCGUGUUUCCCCGGCGUGACUACCUUAACCUGACGACUUCCACCCCUCGUUGUCGUCCACCUCUUAUUUCCCCUUCGUCAUACCACUGUCCUGCUCGCUCUCAUAUAUACCUCCUCAACCCCUCAUCACCCGACCCGUGAUUGAACAGCAGGGCACUCCCGCAAUCGUGCUCGCAUUCUUACACUCUGUCCUGUCUGGUCGCAUCUAACAUCCUCCGCGCUCACCAUCUAGAACCCUGAAGAUACACCACGACCAUCAUGGGUAUCACCUUCUCCAAGAUUUUCGACAGACUAUGGGGACGCAAGGAGAUGCGGAUUCUGAUGGUCGGUCUCGACGCUGCCGGAAAGACCACCAUCCUGUACAAGCUCAAGCUCGGUGAAAUCGUCACCACCAUCCCCACCAUCGGCUUCAACGUCGAGACUGUCGAAUACAAGAACAUUCAGUUCACCGUCUGGGACGUCGGUGGUCAGGACAAGAUCCGUCCUCUCUGGAGACACUACUUCCAGAACACCCAGGGUAUCAUUUUCGUCGUCGACAGCAACGAUCGGGAUCGUAUUGUCGAGGCCCGCGAAGAGUUGCAGCGCAUGUUGAACGAGGAUGAGCUCCGUGACGCCCUGCUCCUGGUCUUCGCCAACAAGCAAGAUUUGCCCAACGCCAUGAGCCCCGCCGAAAUCACCCAGCAGCUCGGCCUGCAAAGUCUCACUCGCCGCCCCUGGUUCAUCCAAUCCACCUGCGCCACGACUGGUGAUGGUCUGUACGAGGGUCUGGAGUGGCUCGCCGAGACGCUGCGGAAAACCAACCGCGACUAAAUGGAUAUAAUGAUUGGAGGUAUACCUGGAAGCGUGUGACGGGGCCUGUUGCAGAUGACAUGACUGGAAACAAGGGGAGACAAACCGGGGCCGACCUCGUGUGUAGUGUGGAAAGGGAAAUGCUACUUUGGUGGUUCUUGUAUGUUCUCUUACGGCUCUUCAUUCCUCUAUGCUAUUAGCUUUUUACUUUUUUUUUUUUCUUUACUCUCUCUUUCGCCAUCGAUAACUGAAUGUCGGUGUGGAUAACAACGAUAAUUUCUUUCUACGACUCUUCUGCCGGAGGACUUCCUGCCACGGAAGCCCGACGAAUGUCUCAUGGAUUGCACUGAGAGCACGGUCGACUCAGUCCAGUCAUUGUAUCUCAUUAUCACCGCAGGAAGAGGGUGGAAUUGCAACAUGUAGAGAGUUGACGCACGUGAGUGAAAACAAUAAAUCAGUGUGAUGG